UUUCAGAAAUUCUGCCCAGACCAUAACUUUAAUGUCAGGCUGAAAGAAAGCUGCACAAGUUUGAAUAAUAAUCAUAGCUAUCACUUUUUAGCUGCUACUGCAUACUCCUUCUUACAACAGCCCUGCUAGGUAUUAUUAUCGUUUUACAACUAAGAAAAGUAAAUAUAUUACAGUACAGUCUAAGCUUUUAUAACAAAGAGACUCCAAAAACAGCAGCUUAAGUAAGAUUGAAGAUUAUUUCUGUUUCAUAUACUUGUCACAGGUGCUAUGCUCGCCCAAGAUGCGCAGACCAGGAUUGGUUUGGCAACUCUGCCAUCUUCACUAACGAUUUCUAUCUCUAGGACCAAAGUGGUUGUUUCAGCUCCUACCAUCAUAAGUGUGCUCUGUCAUCAUGACUGUGCUCCUUCCAUAGGGAAGGAGAAGGGCAAGAGGAGAGAGUAAGACAUUUUCUUUUAGGAGUAUAACAUGGAAAUGGCAGGUCUCACUUCUGUUCAUUUUCCAUUGGCCAGAACUUAACCCAGAGUUACAACUAACAGCAAGAAAGGCUGGGAAAUAUGGUCUGUAACUAGGCAACCAUAUGAUCAGACGAAGCUUAGAAGUUCUAGAACAAAGGAGGAAGAAUGGAUAUUGGUGAAAAACUAGCAUCCUCUACCACAUUCAGCCUCAGAAAGGUAGAAAGACCAAAAAAAGCAGGAGCUCAUCCUAGAAUAUACACCAGAACUUCUCCUUGUGAAGCUGAGCUUCAGGAAUUAAUGGAACAAAUUGACAUCAUGGUAAGCAACAAAAAAAUGGAUUGGGAAAGAAAGAUGCGGGCUUUGGAGACACGAUUAGAUCUUCGGGAUCAAGAAUUGGCAAAUGCACAAACUUGUUUGGAUCAGAAAGGUCAAGAGGUAGGGUUGCUUCGACAGAAAUUGGACAGUCUGGAAAAAUGUAAUUUAGCAAUGACUCAGAAUUAUGAAGGACAACUACAAAGCCUAAAGGCUCAAUUUUCCAAACUAACAAAUAGCUUUGAAAAACUGAGAUUACAUCAGAUGAAACAAAACAAAGUUCCACGAAAAGAAUUACCACACCUUAAAGAAGAAUUACCCUUUGAACUGAGCAAUUUGAACCAGAAAUUAGAGGAAUUUAGAGCGAAGUCAAGAGAAUGGGACAAGCAAGAGAUACUAUAUCAGACUCAUCUGAUUUCUUUAGAUGCUCAACAAAAAUUAUUAUCUGAGAAGUGUAAUCAGUUUCAGAAACAGGCACAAAGUUACCAAACUCAACUAAAUGGUAAAAAACAGUGCUUAGAAGACAGCAGCUCUGAAAUUCCUCGUUUGAUAUGUGACCCAGAUCCCAAUUGUGAAAUCGGUGAAAGAGAUGAGUUCAUUAUUGAAAAACUAAAAUCAGCUGUAAGUGAGAUAGCACUAAGCAGGAAUAAAUUACAAGAUGAAAAUCAGAAGCUCUUGCAAGAACUGAAAAUGUACCAAAGACAGUGCCAGGCCAUGGAAGCAGGUCUCUCAGAGGUAAAAAGUGAGUUACAGUCACGUGAUGAUCUCUUGAGAAUUAUAGAAAUGGAACGAUUGCAAUUACACAGAGAAUUAUUAAAAAUAGGAGAGUGCCAGAAUGCUCAAGGAAAUAAAAAAAGACUUGAAUCAUCUCAUUUGCCUUCUAUUAAAGAACCAGAAAGGAAAAGAAAAGAGCUGUUUUCAGUGAUGCAAGAUCAGCCAAAUCAUGAAAAAGAAUUGAACAAGAUAAGAAGCCAACUCCAACAGGAGGAAGAGUACCAUAACUCUGAGCAGGAAAGAAUGAGGAAUGAAAUCUCUGACCUAACAGAAGAGCUUCAUCAGAAGGAGAUCACUAUAGCAACUGUCACGAAGAAAGCUGCCCUUCUGGAAAAACAGUUAAAAAUGGAAUUAGAAAUAAAAGAAAAAAUGUUAGCAAAAGAACAGGUCUCAGAUAUGAAAUAUAAAGCUGUCAGAACUGAAAACACACAUCUAAAAGGAAUGAUGGGAGAUUUAGACCCUGGACGAUACAUGAGUAUGGACUUCACUAACAGGGAACAUUCAAGGCAUACAUCUAUUAAUAAACUGGAAUAUGAGAAUGAAAGGCUCCGAAAUGAUCUUGCGAAACUUCGUGUCAAUGGAAAAUCAACACGGACUAAUCAAAACACCUAUGAAGAAACAGGAAGAUAUGCCUAUCAAAGCCAAAUAAAAGUGGAAAAAAAUGAAGAGAGACUUAGUCAUGAUUGUGAGCCAAAUAGAAGUACGUCUCCCUUGCCACCUUUGACAUUUCAAACCAAAGAAAUGACAAGUCCUUUGGUUAGUGAUGAUGAUGUAUUCCCACUGAUCCAUGUAUUCUACCCGUUGGAAACACAGAACCAUAAAACAGCCAUUGGUUUAAAGUGUAUACCACAUCCUGAAGAAUGGCACCCCAACCUCACAGGAUAUAAUCUCCAAGAUGGUGCCUCAGCUUUGCCAUCAAGAGGCCAUCCCAAAGCUCUAUCAUGCUAGCAUCCUCUGGAUAGUGCUGUGUGUGAUUAGGACCAGUGGAUACCAUGGUCAUGCCCGUACUGCCAUACUCUUUUGCUAUAAAGUAGGUAUCUCUACUAUUAAGCAGGGUCUCUCUCAUGUCUGCAGGUAAGUGAUUCUGUGAGCCGUAAGAUAGUGGUGCAGCCAGGAAAGGCAAACAUGCAGAAUUCAUAUCCAUUCUGAUAAGGAUACAGCAUGGCCAUUUCCAAGGUACUAGGGACCUAAUGCAGUCAAGUUGCCACCAAGAGGCUAGCUGGUCUCCUUGAGGGAUGAUGCCAUAUCAAGAGCUCAGCUUUAGUUUCUGUUGCAAGCAGGUCAGACAUUCAACAGCAAUGGUCGCUGGAUUACCCUUAGUGAAAGGGGAAACCAUGGUAUUGGUAUGAUGCAUAAUUCCCACUGAGGUAGCCAAAGACAGAGGAUGGAUUAAAUCAUCCUACUUGCUGGAUGCUCUGUCUCAACCAGGACUCAACAGCAUGACGAGAAUUGUCUUGCAAAUAGUAUAUAGGUUUCGGCUACAGAUGGCAUAGUCUUGUUUCAAAAUCUUAAGGGUCUGUGAUACAGCUUUCCCAAUGAAACUUUCCAGAGGCUCCACAACGCAUUUUCCUCUACCAGAGAUUCUUCCAGUAUGGGAUCUACCAAGUCAUUUGACCAAAGUAGCAGGACUGCUUGUACCCUAUCCUGAACCUACUACACAGCUCUUUCUUUCUAGAGUUCUGGGCUUGCUCAAAAAAAAUUGUUUUCUGUGUUGCCCAAUAAAUGAAUCUGAUUAUUCAAUUAUUUGAUCCAAGGGUGGAACAUUUUCAAGGUGCAUUAAUUUUUGCUUUACCUAGGAUGUUCUGACAUGCCCCAUAGCAGCAGACACCUAAAAACAACGUGACAAGCCCCAAUCUUUUACAGGGUUUAUCUUUCACCCUCUGGCGUACUUGCAUCUUUCCAUCCCUUUAAUAUACUUGCUACUUCUUGCUCAUCAAGUCUCAUUAACAUGAUGUUAGUGUUAAUAUAUGAUGUUCCAUGUGAUAGUCUUUGGAAUGUCCAGAUGGGCUAGGCCCCUUCAGAAUUUAUUGUGACAGCUUCAUUAAUAUAACAUUGGGGCAAAACCAUGGAUAAAUACUGUUGGCCACCCCAUGUGAAUGCUAACUGCUUCCUAUCCUCCUUUUUAUUAGAUAUUAAAAAGAAUGCAUUUGCUGAUAUUAAAAAGAAACCAUUUGCCAGAUCAAUAGUAGCAUACCAUCUACCUCAGGCUGUGACAGUCUUCUCUAGCAGAGAUACUAUCCCUGACACAGCAGCUACAGUUGGGGGCUACUAGUUGGAAAAGUGUGCAGUACUCCAUCAUUUGCAUGAUCCCUAGUUUUGGCAGGGGCCAGAUUGGUAAACAAAAUCCACCUAUAACAAGGUUCACAUGUAUACAGAUUGUCAACUCCCCAAACACUACAUAAAGUCCCAUUUUUCCUACCAAAAUGAAAGUCAAAGAAGAAUAUAGUAACCACAGAACUGGAAAAUUAAAGUACAAAUUUCCCCAACUAAAAAAAAAAUUACUUAAUUUUUGUAGGUG